AUACGGCGUUUUGACGCUCAACACGCGGAAGCUGUUUACGUUAGCAGAGUGCUCUCACACAGACGUUGGCUCGAGCCAAAUUUCUUUCAAAUUACUUACAUUAAUAACUCUGUGUUGGCUGAUUUUAUGUUUAUUAUAGCUAGUCGGGAUGGGGAAAGCCGAUUUUCUCAGCCCCAAGGCGAUAAGCAACAGGAUAAAAGCCAAAGGUCUUCAGAAGUUGAGAUGGUAUUGUCAGAUGUGUCAGAAACAAUGCCGAGAUGAGAAUGGAUUCAAAUGUCACUGCAUGUCCGAGUCCCACCAGAGACAGCUGCUGCUGGCCUCCGAGAACCCCAACCAGUUCAUGGACUACUUCUCAGAGGAGUUCAAAAAUGACUUUCUGGAGCUGAUCAGAAGACGCUUUGGGACCAAGCGAGUGCACAACAACAUCGUGUACAACGAGUACAUCAGCGACAGGGAGCACAUCCACAUGAACUCCACACAGUGGGAGACGCUCACCGACUUCACCAAGUGGCUGGGCAAAGAAGGGUUAUGUAAGGUUGACGAGACCCCUAAAGGCUGGUACAUCCAGUACAUCGACCGCGACCCGGAGACCAUCCGCCGUCAGGAGGAGCUGGAGAAGAAGAAGAGGCAGGACCUGGACGACGAGGAGAGGAGCGCCAAGUUUAUCGAGGACCAGGUCCGCAGGGGCCGGGACGGCAAGGAGCCGGAGGAGGCUCCAGUUUUCACCGAGCUGAAGCGAGAGAGUGAAGAUGAAAAAGUUGCAUUCAACCUGGGCGCCUCUUCGUGUGCAGCCGGCCCUUCAAAAUUAAGCACUGGCCUGGGUCCCAGUGCGCUGAAAGCAGCGGCAUCAGCCUCCGUCAAAAGGAAAGAUGUGCCAGGGACUUCAGAGUCCAAGGAGAAGAAGAAGAAAUCGGCGCUGGAUGAGAUCAUGGAGAUGGAGGAGAGGAAGAAGCAGCAGUCGGUCAGGACGGACUACUGGCUCCAGCCCAACAUCGUGGUCAAAGUCGUCACCAAGAGACUGGGAGAGAAGUACCACAAGCAGAAGGCCGUCAUCAAGGAGGUGCGGGAGCAUUACACAGCCAUGGUGAAGAUGAUCAACUCCGGAGACAAACUGAAACUAGACCAGAGUCACCUAGAGACCGUCAUCCCUGCACCAGGCAAGCGCGUGUUGAUUCUGAACGGCCCGUACAGAGACACAGAGGCCCUGCUGGAGGGCAUAGAUGAGAAAAACUUCUGCGCCACACUCACUAUUGACUCAGGUCGAAUGAAGGGGAAGCGAGUCGACGGCAUCGCCUACGAGGACUUCUCCAAACUGGCCUGAACCGACAACCUUCCUGUUUACAUCUCAGCAGCCUGUUGGCUGAGGGACUCUACUGUGUCAGAGUCACUUCCCCUGGGCUCCUCAUGUAGAUAUAUAUAUAUAUAUACAUAUCCCACAAUGCAUUUCCCACCGUGGUAUCACAGUUUAACUUAGUUCAUUGAGUUUGAUUUGUUUAAUGCAUUUCUUUUGUAUCAUUAUUCAAGUCAACCGUAACAAUUCAGGUGUAUUAUUUCUCUUGAAUAAAAUACAACAAAAGUGA